AUGGUUACCAACACCCACAAAGUAUUUAGAAGGGAUGGAGCGACCAUUCGUUCCCACAUCGAACCACGUCCGCUUCAUGGCCCAUCAGAAGUCCUUGUCAAAGUCCGCGCGGUCUCUCUUAAUUGGAAGGAUGUGGCAGUACUCGACGGUCGAUUUCCCUUUCCAGCAUUGGAAAAUGGCAUCUCUGGAACUGAGUUUGCCGGGGAGGUCGUAUCCGUUGGCAACAAGGUGAAAUCCUUCACGGAGGGUGACCGAGUAACAUCUUUGAUUGACUUGGAUGCUAUUACCGGAAGAGAAAAAACCGUGCAAGGUCUGGGCCAGAAUAUCGAUGGAACAUUAGCGGAGUACCUCGUUAUGCCGGCGGAAAGCCUUGUGAAAAUUCCAGAUCAUCUGACGUGGCCCGAGGCGAGUAUGAUCGCGUGCGCAGGAUUGACUGCAUGGUCAGCUCUCAAUAUGAAGAGCUCGAACCUGUGUGGGAAAACCGUGCUUAUUGAGGGAACUGGUGGUGUUAGCCUCAUCGCCCUCAUUCUCGCCGUUCGGGCUGGUGCUUAUGUGAUUAUCACGUCUUCAUCUGACGACAAGCUUGAGAAAGCACGAAUCCUGGGAGCUUCGCAUACCAUUAAUUAUGCCAAGCAUCGUGACUGGGAGAAUGAAGUGCUCGAACAUACCGGAGGGCUAGGUGUAGACAUCGUUGUCGAGCAGGGAGGAGCGGCUACUCUAUUGAAGAGUGUCUCGACGGUUAAAAAGGGUGGCCAGGUGUCCCAAGUUGGGCUGCUUACUGCAAAUAGUGAAGGCGAUUUCGUUUUGCUAGUCCAGCAAUUGAUCAUCAAAGCUUGCAGGAUCGUAGGUAUCCAAGUUGGGACGAAGGUUGACUUGGAAGACUUUGUCGAGCUUUUGAGAGUCACUCGCCUUGGACUGUUGCCGGUUAUCGAUCGAAUUUUCGAAUUUGAACAAGCCCCGGAGGCUUGUGCAUACCUGCAAAGUGGUAAAGCUUUUGGCAAAGUAGUUGUUCAAUUCUAA